UUCCAGCUCUCGGACAUUGAUCCAGCGGUGACAUACUCAACCAUGGAAAGCCUACUGAAAACAGGAAAAGUUCGAGCGAUUGGUGUUUCCAAUUUCACCAUUAAGCGUCUCGAGGAUCUGAUUAGCAAAACGAAAAUAAUUCCAGCUGUUAAUCAGAUUGAGGCACACCCGUAUCUCCAGCAGCGCCAGUUGUUUGACUUUUGCCAGUCCAAGGGCAUUCUCAUCGAGGCCUACUCUCCUCUUGGAAACAACCAAACAGGAGAGGUACGAACAUUAGAUGAUCCGCUGGUUGCGGAUUUAGCUCAAGAAUUGGGCUGGGAUAUCGGGCAAGUCCUCUACUCCUGGGGUGUACAGCGUGGAACAGUUGUUCUGCCUAAAAGCAUCACGCCAGGCCGAAUUGCGUCCAAUUUGCAAGUCAAAGAGCUGCCUCAGCAUGCUUUCGAGAAGCUAAAUGGACUUGAGAGAAACAAGCGAUAUAAUUGGCAGUCAUUAUGGGGCUUUGACAUCUUUCAAGAAAUUGGACAUGAUGAGAUUCCACGGAUUGCCAAAGAAGCAGGACCAGAGAACUUGAAGAAGUUUGCGAAAUAGAAGAUGUAGAUUAUUAUGUAGU